AUGGCCUCGACACUGCCACCGCAGAAGAAGCGGAAGGCCACCAAGACGACAGCGGGGACAGAGUCCCAACGCAAAGGCAACGCUGGUGGCGGGGGCGCGCACGUGCGCGAGGACCCCCACCACACAUGGAAUCAACAACUCAUGGAGGCCUGCCUCGCCUGCGACGCGGCGGCGGUGCGAAAACUGAUGGAGCGCGGCGCCGACCCCGUCAACGCGCGCGAAGUGCCACCCCUAAGCUACUACACGGGCCCCAUCAUUCAGCAGCUGCAGCUCCAGCAGCAAGCCUCAUCCGAGGCCCGGUCGCACUCCGAACCCCACUUCACGGAUCAGCUGCGUGGAGAUCAGCCACCACGGCAACAGAGCCCGUUGAAGGGCUUGUCGUCGCCGUCUGCUGCUGCUGCUACUGCUGCUGCUGCUGCUGCUGCUGCUGCCGCGGCAGCGGUCCCCGACAGUCUCCCUCCACUGGCGGCGAUGCUGCUCUCCGGCCUUAACACGCCAGCUGCGCUGGAGGUGAUGAAAGUGCUCCUUCAACACGGCGCGAGCGUCAACGACGCCUUCUCGUUUUCUGCAGCCCCCCUCACCGCCGCACGGCCUGGCACGGCCGUAUGCGAAAACGAGAGCGGCCGCGGCGGUACCGCCUACGGGGCGUCGGCGAACGACAGCGGUGGACACCGAAAGAGCACACGCGUCCCCAGUUCGGAUCCGAGAGGCAAGCAGGCCAGUGGUAAGAGGAAGGCGUCGGUGAUCGGGACAGCCCUUGCGGCGGCGGUCGGUGGGUCGGCGCUCGUCGGCGCCGCCAGCACACCAGGCGGCGCCGCUGCGAACCCGCCCGAGGCACCAAAGCAUGAGGAGAGCACCAUUGUCGGCUCCGUCUUGCACUACGUUGUUGCCCACGGAGACCACGCGCAACUUCUACGCCUGCUGCUCCUUGCCGCCACCGCCGACGCACCGCCCGUUUUACCAUCGCAGCCGCUGCCGCUGCAGCAACAGCUGUCGACGGGUGAGCCCGACGCUGAGGGUUCCUUGGCGUUCUUGCCGCACCCCUUUCCUGUUCCGCUUCCAUGCACCCUCUUGCCUGCCAUCGAGGCGGAGACAAUCGUUGGUGUCAUGCGGUGGCAGCACCAGCAGCGUCUCAGUGGGGCAGCGGAUGCCGCCGGCCCGAAUGGCUUUCCACCACCGACCGCCACGCCGCGUGUGUCACAGUCGCGCAAGAGCCGCACCGUGAGCAACGCCGCUGCAACCUCACGCACUCACAGCUCCGCGGCGGCAGCGCAGCCGGCCACAGCCGUCCUUCCGGCACAGGCGACUGGGCCGGUGAGCGCCACCAGCCUCGUGUCGCCGUCUGCAGCGGAGGCUGUGCUAACCGCACUCCAGCAAGUCCUGCGGCAGCGCCAGACGAGCACCGGUGGCUACCACGGCUUGCCGAUCCUCACAAGUGUGUACCCGCAACAGCAGCAGCAUAAAGACGAAGUCGAGCUCGGCGGCGGGGCGGUCAUGGACAGCACCGCGGCACCGGUCGUCGCUGCCGCUGUCGCUCCAUGCAACUGGUGGAGUCUGGCCAGCCUGUGCGAUGUAGCUGGUGCGACCGCUACUGAUGUCCUUCGCCAACGCACGCUGCUGAACUUUGAUCUUCUCGACACGUGUGGCCGCUCUGCCGCGACGCUCGCGCUCGAGCGCGGCGACACGGUCUCGGUGCGGCUCCUGUCCUUCUACGGUGCGCAUGUGCCCUUUGAUGGGCAGGUGAACGCAUCGCAGACCCGCUUAGCGCGCGCCUGCACCCAUGGCGACGUCGCACGCGUCGAGGCGCUGCUCCGCCAAGGCGACUCGAUCACGCAGAUCUCGGCGGACGGUCGCUACACGCUUGUGCACUACGCCGCCGCGCAGCCGAGCGUCCUGCGAGCGUUGGUGGAGCAUGGGUUGUCGAUGGAGUUCGAGAACGCCUUUGGGGAGUCGGCGCUGACGUCGCUGCUGCGGCACGGCACGGCACGGAACGACCCGCGGUACGUGCAGACCCUGUUGGCCCUCGCCGCCGCCGUGCGCAGUGCUUCGACGGAUGGGGCGACGAACACGGCCACGGCGAACCUCGUGAACAGCAUGGGCAGCACCAUCUCCGCCAACGCCGUCCGCUUCGCGCAGCUGUCGACGGCGGUGCAGCGCAACAUGAUUCUGUGCCCGCCGACACCGAUGACGACGCUCAUGAACGCCGGCGGCGGCGCAGCGUCGGGCUCGGCGGCAGCGUAUCUCCGCGCUAUGAGCAAUAACGUUGGCCACGGCGCCGUCACACAAACGACGGCCAGCAAGAGCAGCGGCGGCAACGCGUCGUACCCCUCAGCGCACCAGCCUUUCUUGGGAGGUUGCGAGGUCGGCACGUGGUGGUCCUUCCUGCCGCCGACGGUGACGACGGCCGACGUGCUGGACUCGCUGCUGCGUGCUGGCGCCGUAAUGCAUGGUUUUGUGCCGGACGAGGAGCUGGAUUUGCCCUACGUACUCUUCACGGAGCGGCAGGCGUCCAUCAGCGCGUGGGGCGGUGACGCCCGCGGGCUCGCGUCGGCGGCCGACGACGACGAGGCCGAGCAUGACGAUACCAGCGACGGUGGCAUGGAGGAAGGCCGCAACGCAGACGGCGAGGACGACUACGGGUAUGACGACGAUGACGGCAGCGUAGCCGACGCCGGCGGCUACAAGGCGAGCCGCACGCCCCUCUCCGCCUCUGUGGCGACGGUCACGCCCGCCUCGGAGCGACGUGAUCGUGGCAGAAGGCGGCAGAAGCGGGGCGACGCGCUGCCAGCACGACUGCCGAUGCGUCUGACCCCCCUCCACCACGCCAUCUUCGACUACCACCCCGAGCUGAUUCGCCGCCUCCUGGUCGACUACCGCGUCGACCCCAUGCACCGCGACUCGCAAGGCGCGACGGCGGUACACUAUGCCGCCCUCUGCACGCACGCGCAGUCGGUGCUGGAGCUGCUGCUCUCGCCACAGGUUUUGGCGCCGAACAGCAUCGGCAACGGCAAGGGCCGCCUGAGCAGCAACCCCGGUCCUGACGUGUUCACCGGUGCCGCCUCGGCAGUCGCCGGCGCAUCGUCCGCUGCUGCGGGGCCGUUGGGCGUUCGCAUCGACCUCAACGCCAUUGACAUGGCGGGCCGCACGCCGCUCUUCUACGCCGCCUACGUCGGCAACGCGACGGCGGUGCAGCGCCUAAUGCACUUUGGCAGCGCGACGCUGCUGUGCGGUAAGGCAGACAGGGAUGGAUACACACCACUGCACGUGGCGGUUCAGCAGCGGCACGCCGACAUUGUGGAGCUGCUCAUCCGCCACUCAAACCAGAUGAUGAGCAGCGCCGCGGGAGUCGGGCGCGGGCAACCGGUGGAUAUCCUCGUGGAGCUGCUCGCCAGCACCAGCAGCGGGGGUGGCUCGGCAGGACGCUCCUCGCGCGGCGGAACGCGUCUCGGUGCGCACCGCCGCGGCAGCAGCAGCACCUUGGUACCGGGGAGCAGUCACCACGGUCAGGGCGGCUCCCACAGCGCGGGCGAGCCGUCGUUGGCGGGUCUCACGGGUAUCGCGAGCCCGGAGCUGCUGGCUAAUGUGGAAGCGGUAGAGAGCGUGACGCACAUGACGGCGCUAGAGAUGGCGAUCAAGGCGCAGCAGCAGUCGGCCUCCUCCUCGGCACCUCUGUUGGAGGCACAGGAGCUGCAGAAGGGACGGCUCCUGCGCAUUGUCUCGGUGCUGCUCUCCGAGGCGCAGGCCAGCCCGCUCCGGCCGAGCGGGCUGGCCAACGGCGGGGCGCUGCUGCACCGCACCGUCGCCGAUGGCGAAGUGGAGAUGACGGAGUUGCUAUUGUCACAGUACACGGAUCCGAACGAGGUCGACGACGUGAAUGAAACGCCGCUCUUUCUCGCGCUCCGACUCGCCGCGCCUGCGUCCGCGCCCCAGCCAAGCUCAGCCGAGCAGCAGCAGCAGCAGCAGCAGCAGCAGCAGCAGCACCGCCUCCGUCGCGCCGCGCUUGUUCGGGUUCUCCUGCAGUACGGCGCCACGCCAUACGCGCAGAGUAACGUUCACCUGCAGACGCCAAUGCAUCUCGCGGCGAGCAGCCUGGCCGACAACAACGAGAUUGUCCAGCUCCUCUUCUACUCGACUCCCGACGCCGCCGCCGGCUACAGUGCAGUGCGCCGACGGCGGCAGGAGCAGCAGAGGCACCAACAAGUACCGUCCUACGCCACGGACGUGAUGAACGGAGACUCACCAAGAGCCAACCAUCCCCUUGGCGGCAGCAUGGGUGCCAGCAGUAGUGCAAGGGGGCGCCACAGCAGCGGCAGCGGCGGGUCCACAUCAGGACGCAAGAACUUCGAGCGCCGCGUACGCGAGCGGCGCGCACAGGAGCACCAGCGCCGCUCCUCGCCAUCCUUUUCAUCGCCAACCCGGUCCAUGAGCACAUCCCCGGGUCCUCGCCGCAAGCCGUGGAGAGCCGCCGCCGCCUUGUCCGAGAGUGAUCGCGGCUCCAGCCUCGUCGACUUUGAUGGCCCCGCUGACGAUCAAGCGUUCCUGUCGAACACCAGCUUUGGUCAUCGCGAAGCCCACAACCGCAGCGUUGCCAGUGUAGAGCAGGCGGGCGCAGACCAGAGCCUGACGCACCCGGAGGAAGAGCUCAUGUCUGGCAGUCGUGCCGGCGGCAACGCCGAUGAGGACGGGCUGCAGGACGAACAUCAACAGUUCCUGGAGCGACUGGCGCAGUGGCAGUGCGCGGACCACUUGCUGGAGCCGGAGAAGUGCUGGAUGCUGACGGAUGCGCAGGGGCAGACACCACUGCACCUUCUCUGCAGUCGCUCCUCACCUGCCCUCCAGCAUAUGACGGCGGUGCUGAAGCUUCUCGAAGACCUGCAAACCGUGACACGCACCAACUCAGCUAUCGCUGCUGUGGCGGCCGGUGUCUUCGACGGCACGCGUGACGACGAUAAUGUUCUCUCGUUGUGCUGGCACCUUCCCGACGCCCAGGGCCGCACGCCAUUGCACGCGGCGGCGCAGAGCGGCUUUUUAGAGGCCAUGGCGUGCGUUCUGCAGCAGGCGCCGCAAAGUGCUCUUGCCGUGGACAUGCAGGGUCGCACGCCGCUGCACGCGUGUGUGUUGAUGGCCGCCCCGCCAACCUCUUCCACAACCGUCACUGUACACGCGCAGGGCAGCGACGACGACGAGGUGGAGGCGGCGGAGCGUGCUACGCGGCUGCAGCGCAUGCUGUCGCUGCUGCGUAGCGCGGUCGCCGCCGCCGACAGCAACGAGGCGGCCGGGACGGCAAGGAAAACAUUGCCGCUACAGCUGCAGGGGGCACCGUUGCGUCGCGCCCCUGGCGACGUCCUGCCGUCACCCUCGAUGAAGAGGAUCGCGACGGUGUGCAACGCCAUCGGGAGCCCCGCGGCGCCGCACCCCUCAGUGCAGCGCUUGGUUGUUUCUCUCGUGCAGCCGUCCUCCAUAACGGCUCAGCUGCAGCGUUGGCAGCAGUCGCGCCACUGGGGAUGUCCUGCCCUCGCCGUGAAGGGCAUCGACAGCGCCGGCGCCCACAUGCGUACAGCGUGUAGGGACGGCUUGGCAGCAGCAGCAGCAGCAGCAGCAGCAGCACCGGCUUCGCGCGACUUGCAGACGAGCGACGGCGUCUUAACCUCUUCAGGCACUGCGAGUGAAUGGAAGACAUACGUGCAGCUGCCGGAUGGACAAGGACGGACAGCGCUGCUGCUGGCGGCGGAGGUCGGCAACGUCGGCGCUGCCCGCGAGCUCCUGAGGACCAUAUAG